AUGACGCCUCUUCGUUUCGUCUCCCCGUGCUCACAGCUGUUCCGCGUCUCCAAGUGCGUGAGUGCAAGCGGAAGCGGGAAGCGGGCGGCGAUGGGGGCGGGGAAGCACGCGGUGACGCAGGAGGCGUUCGACGCGCUGGUGCGGGAGGCGAUGGACGAGUUCGACAUGGCGCCGGCCGAGGCGGUCGACGACGCCGUGCGCACCCUCACCAUGCAGGGCGCUGACCUCGCAGGUGCGCCCCUCACCAUGCAGGGCGCUGACCUCGCAGGUGCGCCCCUCACCAUGCAGGGCGCUGACCUCGCAGGCAUCGUGGCGGCGUACAGCGCCACUGGGCAGCGCGCCCAGCACCCCGCAGCAGCGGCAGCAGCACAGCUUGCAGGGGCGCUGGCACGCUGGAAGGAGAGACACGGGGGGGGCGAAGGUGAAGGGCCAGUGUGUGUGUGUGGUGCGUCUAAGGGUGUUGGCAGCUUCCAGCCACCACCUUACGCUUCGCCCCACCACACCACCCUCUCCCGUGGUCUCCAGGCAGUGCUGCACGCGCUGUCCGCCCUCUCUCUCGCGCUGAGCCCCUCUCAGGGCGGGCAGGCGGAGCAGCAAGGCGCAGGGAGGGAAGACAGUGCAGGUGCAGCAGCGGGUGGAACGGGGUGGGAGGAAGCAGCAGUGGUGGCGGGGCGGAACGAGGGAUUGCCGGCAGCUGUGGGCGCGCUGGGGGUGGUGCUAGGGGCAGUGGAGAGGGGGGAGAAGGGAGGGGAUGGGCAGGAGGGCGAGGAAGGGGGCGCGAGGGUGGAGAGGGCGGUGUGUGACGCGCUGACAUGCACUGAGGCGCUGCUCUCCCAUGUCCCCGGCGCACGGGACCAUUUCUUCCGUCUCUCCGGGCCGCCCCUCCUCGCCUCUGCCCUCCCUGCCCCGCCCUUCACCUCCUGCACCCUCACUCGAGUGGCAGCAGCUGCGCGCGCUGCACGGGCAGCGAGCAUGGAGAACGAGGUCAUCAAGGAGGCGCUCAUGGACGCCGCGCUCCAUGUGGCACUCCUCAACGCCAUUCGCGGGAUCAUGCAGUCCAAACGCACUGCUGACGUGGACAGCAGCGUCGCCGACGUGGCAGAAGCAGGGAGCGUCAUGUGUGCGUGCUGUGGGGCGGUGAGGGCGCUGGUGACGAAUGAUGACGUGCGCGUGGCGGCGUCCAAGACCUUCUCCAACGCGCGUGCCGUGGCGGAGGCAGGCGCCGUGGAUGUGCUGCUGGGCGCCGCUGCUGCCUUCUCCGCUGACACCGCCGUGCUGCCCUCCGUGCUCGCUGCUCUCAAGGCCAUUGCUGUCAACGAGGACAUCUGUCGCAGCAUCGCUGCUCUCGCCGGGGUGCCCCUCGUGCUCGCCCACCUGCAGGCCGCCCUCGCCACACGCUGCUCGCCCCUCGCUGCUCCUUCCGCCGCACUGCUGGCGCAGCUGGCAGGCAGUGACGCCAACAAGGUGCUAAUUGUGGAGACAGGUGGCAUUCCAGUAUUGGUGGAAGCAGUGAAAGUAUUUGUGGACGAUGGGGCUGUGCUUCAAGAGCUGCUGGCGUGUCUGGCAGCAGUGACGCUGCGCAGCCCAGCGCAUGCAGCAGCGGCGGUGGGGGCGGGUGUGUUGGAGGCGGCGGUGGACGCCAUGGAGGGGGGCGCUGCCACGUCGGGCAGCCAGUGGCAGGCGUGCCAGCUGCUGCGCAACCUCGCUGUGCGCAACCCCGAACACCGGCCAAUAAUGUUGGAGAUGGGACUGGAGGCUGUGAUUCGUAACGUCAAGAGCAAACACAAGUCAUGCCGUGACGUGUGCUCUGCUGCACUAAGAGACAUGGGCUUGGAUAACUAUAAUCAGUAG